GAUCUCACUUGUCAAAACAGACAUCAUCCAUGCACAGUGAACAUCUGAUCACUCACGAGAUCCUAUCUUGAUAAUUGUGCAAACAUUUGACUGCUUAUUUCUGGACCGAAUCAUCCCCACCAUGAUCAACUUCAGCAUAGACUUCAUCACUGGCCAAAAUGCAACAGGCCGCAAGGAAGACAAUUCCUUCAGCGAGGAGGAAGUCCACAGUCCGCAGAACGGCGUCCCAUCCCCUCUCUCCAACGACGACGGAGCGGCCCAAUGUUCCAGCUCUACCCUCGGCAAGGAUACGGCUGUUGGUCCGACAGCAAGAGACCGUCGACUGGGAGUCAAACCAACACAUUCCUACAUCGCUCUUAUCUCCAUGGCGAUCCUCAGCACUGAAGGUAAGAAGAUGUUGCUGAGUGACAUCUACAGCUACAUCAUGGAUAACUUUCCCUAUUAUAACAACAGGGACAAGGCGUGGAGGAACAGCAUCAGGCACAACCUGUCCCUAAACGAGUGUUUCGUCAAGAGUGGCCGCGCCGACAACGGUAAAGGCAACUACUGGUCUAUACAUACAGCAUGUAUCGACGACUUCUCCCGCGGUGACUUCAGACGCCGUCAAGCUCGGCGCCGUGCCAGAAAGAAUAGUCUGAGCCGGGAUACAUGCGUUAGUAACCUCCCCCUUAGCUACAGAUACAACCUCGGCUACGUCCCAAUGACCCCCACUACUGUUGGAACACCCACCUACGGGCCGUGCUACAGCCCUCCGUCCCCCGUGUAUGCCACCCAGACAAGCUUUUACUAUCCUCCUGCAUCUGUCGGGGUCACUCAGGGAUUGUACGCACCUUACCAGCCACAGCCCUCUGUCUACAGCACACCCGCCCCCACCCCGGGCUUGCCGUGUCCGCAUCAUGGGGGUGCGACUUUUACAGAAGCAAAGACCUCACACACAGCCCAGAACCUUACACGGAGUGAAUGA